GAAGUGUAAGUGGUAGUGAGUUAUUAUGUGCCGCGAUGCGAUGUGACAUGUCAACAGUGCCUGGUUUUAAGUUGCCUUAGUCUGGGACGCCGCAGCCCAGGAUGGCUCUGAUAGAGGGCGUGGGAGAUGAGGUUACCUUGCUUUUUGGUGCGGCGUUCCUGGUGCUGGUUCUGGUUCUGGCCUGGGCGUCCACUCACACAGUCGAACCCCCUGAACACCUUUUAACUACUGACCCCAGCAAUGCCUCCUCCACAGAAACAAACAGCCAGGAGCCACUCCCACCUGGUGACAUCACCUCACCAUCCAGCAGCCUGAGAGAAGAGAGUAAAGCGGAACCAGGGACAGAGGCAGCGGCCGAGGGACAGUCUUCCCCUGGUGUAGAUGAGGAAGGGGGUGGAGAAAGGGGCCUUCCAGAGGUGGCAGAAUUUGGGAGGGAUGGCCUUAGGCAUCGAGAGGCAGCCAGUCCUUCCCUCGGCACGCAGCCCUCUGCCAGCGCCUCAAGUGCCACCCCACCUCCCCCCGAUGCGUCCAAUGACACGCAGAGAAACAUGGUUUUGAGAUUAAAGUUCCUUAAUGACACUGAGCGAACAGCACAGGUGAAACCGGAGGAUACCAUUGGUUACAUUAAAAGGACGUACUUUGCCGGGCAGGAGCACCAGGUGCGUCUCAUCUACCAGGGUCAACUUCUUCAGGACGACACUCAAACACUGGCCUCCCUCAACCUGGCAGACAAUUGUGUCCUCCACUGCCACAUUUCCCAGCAUGCCACGCGGGCUGUGCCGGCGGGGGCCAGGGCGGCAGACCAGGUCCACGUGGCCCUGAACGUGGGGAGCCUCAUGGUGCCCUUGUUUGUUCUCAUGCUGUCAGUUCUUUGGUACUUUCAGAUCCAGUACCGCCAGUUCUUCACCGCGCCCGCGACCGCCUCUUUGGUCGGCAUCACCAUUUUCUUUAGCUUCGUGGCGUUUGGGGUUUACCGUCGUUAAAAAGGGGGUUGUGUCCGACUCCAUGGCCAUGACCCACUUCUCUCAACACAUCUACACUGUUUGCACUCACAUUUGCUCACAUGCCGGUGCCAGUCUGUGUGGCUUCUUCUGGAUCUUAGGACUCUUUAGGGUUGAUUAAAGGCUGUGAUGAUGUCAGAGAUAUGGUUCAAUAAUCUCUGAGGCAUAUUUUUGUUUUUUUGUUUGUUUGUUUUGUUUGUUUGUUUGUUUUGUUACAUACAAGUCAUAUUAAUCUGCACCAGAUUUGAGUGUGUCACGAACAAAUGUGCUAUAUGUAUUUUUGUUUGUUUGUUUGUUUGUUUAGUUUUCUUUUUUAAUGUAUAGGAAAGCUCAUUGUGCCUAUCCUAAUUUUUCUCUCUCGUUUUCGGUAUGCAAGUAACUGGUGAUUUGCUGGUGCUUGCUAGUAAGAGGGGUUACGGUUAAUGUGACUGUCCAGAUUUUGAGCAGGUUUGCAUGUCUGUCUCACACAUUAGUAGACCAGAGUGGGCAGCACUGAUGUUAUUAAAGGUUGGGACAUCAAAAGUAAUUUGUGUAAAAUAUGGCUUUUUGAA